CUCUGCUCAUUCUUGACAACACCUCGUAUGGAAUGGAUGACGGAAUCGAAUGGGGGAUUUGUAAUCGGAUCGGAGAGUUUCUAACCUUCGAGUGAAUUGUCGCAUUCGAGGCUUUGCUACUAUCGACCUGGCUGUAUAUAAGCCCUCAUCCGGUAGCUGAGCUUGAUCCUUUGUUCAUCCACCCCACAUCCCACAUUUCAAAAUGACUACCCAGAAGGCAAUUGUCGUCACCUCCCCGAAGAAGGAGAGUCUGGUUACUGACCGACCCAUCCCUACUCUCCGUGAUGAUUAUAUCCUUGUCAAGACCGUUGCUGUUGCCUUGAAUCCUACCGACUGGAAGCACAUUGCCUUCCUAUCCCCACCAGGUACCCUGAUCGGAUGCGACUACGCCGGCAUUGUCGAAGAGGUGGGCAGAGCAGUCAAGAAGCCGUUCAAGAAGGGCGAUCGCGUGUGUGGUUUUGUGCACGGAGGCAAUGCCGUCCAGCCAGAAGACGGCGCCUUUGCCGAAUACAUUGUCGCCAAGGGAGACAUCCAAAUCUGUAUCCCGGACAACCUCAGCUUCCAGGAAGCCGCAACGCUCGGCGUUGGUAUCACCACUGUGGGCCAGGGCCUGUAUCAAAACUUGAAGCUUGCGCUCCCAACUGAGCCCAUUAAGGAACCUCUGCCGAUUCUGAUCUACGGAGGCUCAACCGCUACCGGUACGCUGGCUAUCCAGUUUGCCAAGCUAUCCGGCUAUAAGGUCCUGACUACAUGUUCGCCUCACAACUUUGAUCUGGUUAAGAGACUCGGCGCGGAUGCGGUGUUCGAUUAUAAAGAUCCCAAUUCUGCUGCGGAGAUCCGCAAGUACACCGAUAAUAAAUUGAAGCUUGUCCUGGAUACGAUCUCGCUGGAGGCUAGUGCUAAGUACUGCGAUCAGGCCAUCUCUACUGAAGGUGGAGAUUACAACGCCCUUCUCAGUGUCGGUAUCGAGCGUGCCAAUGUCAAUGACCGCAAGACCUUGGCAUACACUGCUAUGGGUGAGCAUUUUACCAUUGGUGAAACGGUCGUGUCUGCCGAACCUGAACACAAAGCAUUCGCGGAGGAAUUUUGGUCCCUUGCUGGGAAGCUAUUGUCCGACGGCAAGAUCAAGGUGCAUCCACCCAAGGUGAGCCCCGGCGGGCUGCAGGGUGUUCUGGAGGGGCUGAAGCUGCUGAAGGAGGACAAGGUUAGCGGAGAGAAACUGGUGUACAAUGUUGCCGAGACGCCUUAGAUUGGCGGAAAGAGGAUCUGUGUGAAUAGCGAACUAAG